AUGGCAGUAGCCGAUGCUUCUAGUGAAAAGGGGUCGUCCCCUGCCGAAGCCAUUGCGCAGUCGAGCAUCUCUGAGUUGAGAUCAGUCUCGGAAGAAGAUGACACGGCCGAGUUCUCUGACCCGCGUCUCCGGACGUAUCCGGUGCUGCUCGUCGCCAAGACUGUUGACUUGCGCAAUAACCCAAACGAGCCCAUCCUGACGUUUCGUUUUUGGGUCUUGUCGACUUUCUGGGUCAUUGUAGGCGAUGCCGUGUCGACCAUCUACUACUUCAAGCCUUAUUCCUCCACACUAUCCAGCUACAUUGUCCAGUUGCUGUCAUGGGCCAUGGGGGACUUCAUGGCUCGGACCUUGCCGUCCAAGAAGGUGGUCGUUUGCAACAAGUCCUUUAGCCUCAACCCCGGGCCAUGGAAUGCGAAGGAGCACGCUUUGAUUAUUGUUGCCUACUGGGGUAGCAGCCGGACGGCGUUUGGACUUGGACCCCUUUCUGCCCUUGAGCUGUAUUUUGACCGCAAAGUCAGCCCAGGAUACGGAAUUCUCUUUCUUCUAACGUCGCAAUUGAUGGGCUACGGAUGUGCCGGCUUGUUCCGGGACAUUCUCGUGCGGCCUCCCAAGUUCUAUUAUCCCGGCGUGCUUCCCAACGUCGCCCUCUUCAACGCCAUGCAUUCGACGUCUCUCGUCACCCACAACAAAUACCUAAAGUUCUUUGCCUACGUAUCCUGCAUCACCUUCUGUUGGCAAUGGAUUCCGGGCGUCAUAUGCCCGAUGCUCUCCUCCUUGGCUUUGCUAUGCUACAUGGCUCAAAACAGCUGGACUGGGUUCAAUCUCGGCUCCGGAUACUCGGGCUUCGGUGUGUUGAACGUUUCACUGGACUGGAAUUACGCGGGCUUCUUUCGGCCCCUGGUGACGCCGUUGUGGUCCAACGUUUCGCAAAUGGCCGGAGCUCUCAUCGUCUGCUGGGCCUUGUAUCCCAUCAUGUUCUUCGCCAACGUGCUUGGCAGCCAAAGGUUUCCAGCCAUGUCGUCGGGCACAUUCGACAAGUCGGGUGCCGAUUACAACAUCAGCCGUGUGCUCUCCGGCGGCCAAACACUCAACAAGACGGUCAUGGAGGCCUACUCGGACCUCUACUGGUCUGGCUCGUAUGUAAUGUACUUCUUCUGGGGGUUUGCGUGCUCGACAGCCGCGAUUGCAUUCGCAAUUCUUUGGCACGGCAAGGACGCGCUGAGGGCUGCCAUCAACACGUUCACGGGCGUGCGCAGCGACUACGAAGACGACCCGUAUCUUAGGCUGAUGAGUAGCGCGGCGCGCGUGCCUCACUGGUGGUAUGUCUGUCUGCUCAUCGUUUGCACAUGUCUAUCUCUAGUAUGUCUCUACGGCGCCGACCUGGGCCUCCCGUGGUGGGGGUUCUUUGUUAUAUCCGCCAUGUCGACGAUCUUUACCUUUCCAAACGGCGUCUUGUUUGGCAUAGCAAACAUGCAGGUUGAUCUGUCGUUCCUGUCCGAGAUUGUCGCUGGCGCGCUGUUCCGUGGCAACCCCAGCGCCGUGCUCGCAAGCUUGACUUUGGGUUUGUAUGUCGUCAGCCAAGUCUUCCGAUUCUUUCUUGCGGCUCCCCAUGUUAAUCGUGGUGUCAAGUACAUGAAAAUCCCCGAGAAGGAAAUGUUCUGCGCACAAAUAUACGGAACACUUGUUGGCCCGUUUGUCAACUAUGCCGUUAUGCGCCUCGUCAUCGACCGCAUCGGCAAGGCGGUUCUCAUCGGCGCGCGGCACUCGAACUCGUGGCUGGCCUUGAAGUCCAAGAAUUACUACUCCAUCUCGGUGCUUUGGGGUGUCCUUGGGCCGCAAGCCAUCCUCUCCCCGCAUUCGCAAUACCGGUGGAUCUACUGGUCUUUUCUGCUGGGCCCGGCUGUUGUCGUCAUCGUGUAUGCCGCUCAUAGGUUGAGGCCGAAAUGGCAGCUCGAGACGCGGUGCAACCCCGUCGUAAUCAUGCAGGGCGCCACCUGGUUCCCCGUCUUCCAGACAGCCAACUUGUUCACCUCAUUUGUCCUGUCUCUUGUCUUUAUGGGCUACAUGCUGCGAUACCGCCCUGUGUGGUUCCGCAAGUACAACUAUCUCCUGGCCUGCGGGCUCGACACCGGUGCACAGAUGACCCAGACGGUCAUCAUGUUUACGCUCAACCUCGCCAACGCAGUGUUUCCCCGAUGGUGGGGUAAUAAUGUACGUGUAUAA